AUGGAUGCGGUGCCAACGCUCUACUCCCUCGCACAGUGCACGCCGGACCUGUCCGCCGGUGAUUGCCUGGUUUGCCUCCAGCGGCUUAUCGGCAUGGUCAACGCCACCACGUCCGUGCGCCAGGGAGGACGGAUCUUCGUCCUGCGCUGCAACAUCAGGUUCGAGACGUUUAUGUUCUUCGACCAGCCUAUGCGGCGGAUCAAUCCAUCCUCCAUCACUCAGGCUCCACCAGGAAUCAAACCUUGGAUAAUUGCAAUAUGUGUGGCUUCUGCUGUGGCACUAGCUGCUUUCUGCUUCAUGGUUUAUUGUCGUUGCCUCAGAGGAAGGAUCAGAAAACGUUCAGUGAGAUUGCGAGAAAGGCGUACUAAUAAAUUGCACGGAGGGGAUCAUGAACUAGUAUGGGAUAUGGAAACAGGAAUGUUAUCAGGGUUUUCGUUUUUUGAGUUUGAUAAGAUACAGGAGGCCACGGGUAACUUCUCUGAAGAAAAUAAACUUGGAGAAGGCGGAUUUGGCCCUGUAUAUAAGGGACAUUUUCUUGAGGGAAUGGAGAUAGCAGUAAAGAGGCUUGCUUCACACUCAGGACAAGGUUUGGUAGAGUUCAAAAAUGAAGUUCAGCUCAUAGCCAAGCUUCAACACAGGAAUUUGGUGAGACUCCUGGGAUGUUGCUCUCAAGGAGAGGAAAAGAUACUGGUCUAUGAAUACAUGCCGAACAAAAGCUUGGACUUCUUCAUAUUUGAUGAACACAGAAAAGCUUUAAUGGAUUGGAACAGACGUCUAGCAAUAAUUGAAGGAAUAGCAGAAGGCCUUCUUUAUCUACAUAAGCACUCUCGUCUGCGUGUUAUACAUCGAGAUCUUAAGCCAAGCAACAUUCUCUUGGACAAUGAAAUGAAUCCUAAAAUUUCAGAUUUUGGACUAGCAAAAAUAUUCAGCUCAAAUAACAACGAAGAAAACAGUACGAGAAGAGUAGUUGGUACAUAUGGUUACAUGGCUCCCGAGUAUGCUUCUGAGGGCCUAUUCUCUAUCAAAUCCGAUGUAUUCAGCUUUGGUGUUUUAGUCCUCGAGAUCCUUAGCGGAAAAAGGAAUUCCGGUAGCCAUCAAUGUGGUGAUUUCAUCAAUCUCCUCGGAUAUGCUUGGCAAUUAUGGAAAGACAGAAGAUGGAUUGAUAUUGUUGAUGCAUCAUUUAAUUCAUUUCUUCCCAAGACUCACCCAACAGAAAUGAUGAGGUGCAUUAACAUUGGACUACUAUGUGUACAAGAGAAUGCAGUAGAUCGACCAAACAUGUUGGAUGUUACUACAAUGCUAGGAUGCAAGACAAUGAUCCUACGUGAGCCUAAGCACCCACCGUAUUUCAAUCUAAGGGUAGGCAAUGCGGAGGAUUCAUCUACUACACAGUCAUGCAGUAUCAAUGGUGUUACUCUAUCAAUAGCAACUGCUCGAUAG